AAGGAAUUUAAAUUUCUUCAUCGCCAUGUCAGCCAUGUCUGCCGGAGAUUCUCUGCCUCUUAGCGGCGGGGAUGGAGAUGGAGAUGCCGAGAGAGAGCUCCGUGCGAAGCGCCAACGCUUCGAUAGAUGCUUCUCCUUCAUGGAGAUUAACAUCGAAUCAGGGAAAUCUCUAAAGGAGUUGGAUACUGAAAAAUUGAAAACAGAGAUUAAGAAAUGGGCUAAAGCUGUAGUCCGUUAUGCUCGUCAAGUUAGUGGUCAUCUUGCAGGCUCUCGUGGCUGAUCAGACUCUCUCUCUCUUCUCUUUCUCCAUUUACGAUGUAACCACGAUUUAAAAUAUCGUUAUUGAAGAUUGAAUGAUCACCAGAAGUUUCAGACAUUUCUGUUAA